CGUCUCUCUCGCGCGCGGCGUUGCUGCUGAGGAGGUGGGACGGGCGGAGCGGUCGCCUCUCGCGCGGUGGAGGCGGAAGUCCCCCCGCGAUCCAGCAGGGAAAGAAAGGGACCCGGAUGCGGGCGCUAUGGAGUUCCCUUUCGACGUGGACUUGCUCUUCGGGGAGCGGAUCACCACGGUGGAUCAGCGCUUGCAGCCGCCCGGCCGCCGAGGUGCCGGGUUCGCCACGACCCACAGGGUGGACUUGCAACAGCAGCUGAUGACGAUCAUAGAUGAGAUGGGCAAAGCCUCUGCCAAGGCCCAGAAUCUGCCAACUCCAAUCACCAGUGCCUCGCGGAUGCAAACCAACCGCCAUGUUCUCUACAUCCUGAAAGACAGCGAAGCCAAAACGGCUGGGAAGGGAGUUAUCAUUGGCUUCCUCAAGGUUGGAUACAAAAAACUCUUCGUGCUGGACCGCCAUGGAGCUCACAAUGAAGUAGAACCACUGUGUGUCCUGGACUUCUAUAUACACGAGUCCCUCCAGAGACAUGGCUAUGGCAAGGAGCUGUUCCAUUACAUGUUGCAGCGGGAGCGAGUACAGCCUUAUCAGCUGGCUGUGGACCGACCCUCAGAGAAACUCCUGUGCUUUCUCCGGAAACAUUACAACUUGAGUGACACAAUCCCCCAGGUGAACAACUUUGUGGUUUUCCAGGGGUUUUUCAGCCACCAGCAUGCUCCAGUGAGAAAGUUGCCUCCGAAACGUCAUGAGGGAGAUAUAAAACCAUAUUCCCUGUCAGACCGAGAGUUCCUGAAGGAAGAGGUUGAGCCACCGUGGCCCUUCAACCAGUCUCGCUCACUGACCCGCUCUAGCAGUGUGGGGAACUCCCCAGUGCGGGGCUGCCUCAAGCCUUUUAUCCACGAGCAGGAUUUGCUGAAGAACCUACGCCUCUGCCCCCCACACUCGACUGCUCAGCAUCUGAUGAAUGGCGAGCCUGGGGACCCCGUUUCGCAGAGGCGAAGAACCAGGAAGACCCCUCCAAAGGACAUCCUAAUGGCUCAGAAAUGCUCUUACAGCCGCUUUGAGAACUCAGGCCAACUUUUGGAAGACUCUGGUAAACAAACAAGUGACUUAAAGGACGUCCCCAGAUCACCAAGGAAAUCUAAGGAAGCCGAGAGACGUAGGCCUGACAGUGUUGCCAUUGGCAAUCCAGAUGAUCCCGUGCCAACUCCCUGCAAAGCAAUAGGGGAUACCACCCGUUCUGCUGAAGAAUCUCCAGUUCACAAAAGCAUGGACUCACAAAUGUUUGCUGCUUCAGCCCUUGAAGAUAGGACAAAGAAUGGUGGCACUUUAGUUGUCAAAAACAGCCAUCCCUCGUGCAAAAGUGAUGGUGACGCGGGUAGCCUGCCUCUCCGACAGAACAAGGGAUGGCAACCUCUCGCCAGAAGUCCGUGGCAGUCCCCCUGGGCAGUUGCGGGAGGACCUUACGAAGCCAGAUGGAUCCACCAGAAGUAUAUGUAUUGCAAUACUAGACCUUGGUGAAUGAAAUAUCAAGUCAGUCAUGAUCUUGCCAAUAUGAAGGAGUAUCAAGUCUGCUUCACUUUGUACAUCUUGUUGACAAUAUUGCCUUGGAUCAUACCCUCUGAUGUGGAAUUCCUCCCGCUUGCCUGGCGUUAGCUUGGGCUGAAGUGCCAACAUGACUCUUUCUCCUUUCCCUUGGAUCAACCCAGGAGAGGCAUGGGGUUCACUCUGCCUCUUACUGAUCUUCCAUAUAAGGAGAGGAAACUCAUUUGGCCCUUUAAAUAUUUUAAAUUUCAGCUCCCAGAAUUCCCAACAGCAUCAUCAGUACCAAGAGACUGUGGGAAUUACAAUCCAUGUUAACUAGAGGGCCAAAGCGUUUUUAUCCCUAUACUGUAUAGUGCCUAAUAGCUUCCUACCACUUUCCUUUAGUUUGAAAUCCAUUUGUCUGACUGAGCUAUUGCUGAAAUGGGAAUUCAUUAAUUCCCUUCUCUGGUAUUUGAAAUAAUACUUGAUUUUUUAAAAAAAUCUUCAGUUUUACAAACCUGCAAUAUUCAUGCUCAUGCAACUUAGCUAAAUGUUGCUAUGAUGCUGACUUUUUUUACCCUUUGUAAUCAAAUUAAAUUAUGCCAAAUGUGACUCAUAUGGAUACAGCAUACUGUCAUGUAGGCUCCGAAAUUUGAGAUAUAUGAAAACCCUGCAUUAAGAUUUUUAAACUCCCAAAUUAGGGAUUCUCUGGUAUGUUGAACAUACCCUGAACUUUCAAAGCAAAACUUGGGGUCAGAAGAGAAUAGUCAGCUUCUGCACCUUUCUCCUGAAGACCAGGAGGAAGGAAAUACUGAAAGAAAUAAGUAGCGUGUACAAUAAAUCAAUUUUGUCCAGUGUAAUGAAAAUGGAUAACAAUUCUCAUACUGGUUGUUGCUGGUUUUUUGGGCUCCUUGGCCAUGUUCUGAAGGUUGUUCUUCCUAACGUUUUGCCAGUCUCUGUCCUCUGAAGA